AAGGGUUCUGUAGCCACCAAUUUUGCUUAUAUCGUUCUUAAAUACGAAGUUUACCGCCAGACGUAUCGCCAUUUUCUCUAUUUUUUAUUUUUGCUUUACGGAAAACAUUAUGCUGCCAUCCUCAGUAAACUGACAGUUUAAACACACCGUUUUAAAUCGUUCUACAUUAUUUUAUUCAUGGCAAUUCUAAGGAAUAUAUCUCUGUACGUGUAUAGUUGCAGCUUUUGUCGUUUAAGUUUUGACAGUUGUAACCCCGCACGUUUUACUGUAGGUGCAUGACCUUUGUGUAUUUGUCCCGAUGACACGGUCAGACUGUGUAGUUUCGUUUUGUUUUGAAUUACUGAUACAUAGUGUUUAAUGAGUUCAGUGGAGGACGGUAGUGGAGCUGCCCAAAAUACGGUCCCAGGGCAGGCCCCUGGGGGUCAGUCUGUGAUUGUGAUGGAUGGGGCAUUACCAGAGAACUUCAUUCAUGUGCUUUCUCCACAAAUGGGUAUUCCAGUAGUAGCAGGAUCGACUACAAGCAGUGGUUCGAUGGCCUUACCACAAAAUAUACAAACAAUAACUCUAGCACCAGGAGGGUUUGCACUACCAGUAUCUCUAGCUUCUGCGUCAAGUUCUGCAGCUUCUACCAAUGGUGGUUCGCCACUUGUUGUAACAACAGAUCUGUCAAAACUCACACAGCUUCAAGUGUCUGGUGCUGGUGUUGACUGGGCUAGUAAACUUAAGGAGCUACAACAGAAUCAAAGACUUGACAGCCUGGUUCUUCCUAAAGUACAGGAGUUUCCUAUUGGUGAUCUUCAACAUGCCCAGAGAAUGGAGAGGUUGAGAGAGGAGAGAGAAAAAGUUUUACAGAGUCAGAAACAACCGUUUGAUGCGAACAAAUUCGAGCCUUGUCUUGUAUGUGGGGACCGAGCAUCAGGUCGUCAUUACGGAGCAAUCAGUUGCGAAGGCUGUAAAGGAUUCUUCAAGAGAAGUAUACGGAAACAGCUUGGAUACGCCUGCAGAGGAUCAAAAGAUUGUAUGGUAACAAAACCAAACCGGAACAGGUGUCAGUAUUGUCGACUACAGAAGUGCCUCGGGAUUGGAAUGAGAUCUGAAUCUGUACAGCAGGAGAGGAAGCCGACAGAUAAAGAAAAGUUAUCACCAACAAUGGUUGCUACAUCUACACAGAAAAUAUACAUACGUAAAGACCUACAGAGUCCAUCUACAGCUAUACCAAUGUUUAAUCCUAGGAGUGAUGAAGAUGAAGUACAAGGUCAAGCUGCCAACUUGCUGGCAAACUUACAGGAGAGACUUGUACAAACUGACCAAGGACCAGUAGUUCUAGGAACACCUACAUCCACUAACACAGAUCUGAGUACGUUGGCUAAUGUGGUAACAACAUUGGCUUUAAUGGGUAAACCUGACAGCGAUCAGCCGGUUUCUAAUGGCAACCAGAGUGAUGUGAACCAGUCUGUUGCUAAAGCAUUUGACACACUAGCAAAGGCUAUACAGAGUAGGAGUAAUAGUCAGGAUGAGAGUUUAUCAGAAGACCAAUCAAAGCUGUCUGAUUUUGACACGUCUGUAGACGACAGCUCCAUUAUCAUGGACGUUGAUGGACCAUUAUUAACAAGACAAAACUUUGUGUUCAGUUUGACUACACCAUCUCCAAUGCCUGCAUAUCUAAAUGUUCAUUUUAUCUGUGAAAGUGCCUCAAGAUUGCUGUUUCUAUCCAUGCAUUGGACUCGCUCAAUAUCUGCCUUCAACAUUCUCAGUCAAGACGUUCAGACAUUAUUAGUGCGGAACUGUUGGAGUGGCUUGUUUACACUGGGUUUAGCUCAGCAUGCAGAAACCAUGUCUCUCUCCACAAUGUUGAUGGCAAUUUUAAAUCAUCUACAAUCCUCUAUUGAAACAGAUAAGAAUGUAGGGGAUCGUGUAAAGUUAGUGAUAGAACACAUACUAAAACUACAGAAUUAUAUGCAGAAGAUGCAGGCUUUACAAGUAGACAACCAGGAGUAUGCUUACCUUAAAGCACUUCUUCUCUUCUCACCAGACAAUCCAUCUUUACCAAAUGUAGCUCAGAUUGAGAAAUUUCAAGAAAGAAUACAGAAAGAAUUACAACAAUAUCUACAAGAGUCGCAUCCAGACAGCCCGGAUAGACUGGCCAAACUUUUAUUGCGGUUACCUCCCCUUCAAGCUCUUCAAGCAAAUAUAAUGGAGGAACUAUUCUUUGCUGGUUUGAUUGGCAAUGUCCAGAUAGACAGUAUUAUACCAUAUAUUUUACGUAUGGAGACGGCAGAGUACAACUCUCAGAUGGCAAAUCAAGGUCUUGCAUCGUCGUUAAGUUUUUCCGCAUCGUCGGAAAUAGCGAACGUUCUUAAUUCGCAAAGUGAUCUGACCACAGGACAGUCGGUGUUUCUGAGUCCGCAGAUGAUCGUUACUCAAGCGGGAAUUACAACAGACGCAAACUUAACCAGUUGAUCCUUGUUAUAAAUUGUUGAGGAUUUACUGUCAUUUAUGAAGUUUCUUUUAUGUGCAAAAUUAUUGAAUUUGCUUCAAACAACUCUUGUCACCUUAGUGCAGUUACAGAAGAAGUCCUUCAAAAUUUACUGUAAAUCCAGUAUUAUUCGCGAUGUUUUAAUUUCGCUAUCAUUUGCGAAUCUGUUGGGUCGCGAAUUCAUGAUGCCAUGUAUAUUUUAUAACAUAACAUACAUUAUACAGAAAUCAUAUCCUUUUACAAAAUGUAAAUAAAUUAUUGCACUAAAGUGAUGAACUGUGCAAAUACAAUAGUUUUGCACGGCAUGAAUUUUAUGUAACAUAGUUACACAUAUUACAUUGUUGAUAGAGAAGUGACCAGUAUACUUACUUUGUUAAGCAUGUUGUGUUAAGAAGUGGCCAUAGGCCAACGUAUAUAGUUUUCAAAUACAUGGAUAAUCAUGUGUUCUCCUGUGUACAUAUUGUAUACACACAUAGUGUUUAUGUUAUUGUUAAUGAAAUAUUGACAGUGUGUAUGUCAUUGGAGUAAAUCUGCCACAGUGUUUACACAUCAAGAUAUAUUUAGCAGAGUUGUAUGGAUGUGUUUUGGAUGAAUCUAUAAAAUGGACUGUACAAAUCAUGAUUUAGAAUUUUUUUAAAGGUCCAAUAAGCCCCAAAAUUUUAAUUAUUUUUAUUUGUAAAAGGCUUUUUUUGGGGGGCAUUUUGUUUCUAAAAUGGUACUCAUCAUUGGCGCUAAUAACUAAACCAUUUUUUUACUCUUUAGACAAUCUGACCAUUAGUAAGGUUAUAGUGAAUUGAAAAAAAAAUGCAUCUUUGUUUAAAUUUUGCUUCAUUUAUAACAAAUUAUUCCACUCAAUGCUUCAUUCUUCAUUUUAUAAGCAUCUAACAUGCUCUUAAUUCAUUUAAAUACAAAUUGCCUAUGCUUAAAGGGAAAAGUUUUAACUUAUUCUGAGGCUGAAUGUGCCUUUAAAGAAAUAUUCCUAUUUUGAUCAAAACUGAUUUAAUGAAUUAGCUUUACUGACACUUGCUGCUCAUCUAUUAUUAGUACUUUUGUUUCUAAUUUACAACUUAGCAGAUAUAUGUCUUGUUGUUAUAUUUCACACUUAAAGGGUAAAAAACUGUUUUUAACUGUCAGUAAUCAGUUAUAUGGUAUUCUUUCUUGUUAAAAAUUAUAAACACUACCUAAAUUUGA